AAUCUUUCAUAAUCAUAAUCAUAAAAACGCCGUGUUCAAAACAUCCUUAAAAGGCGAAACGUCCAUUACAAAAACACAAUGUGAUUAGCCUGAUAUUGUACAUAAAAACAAUAACUUUACCUCACAAAAACAAACCCUUUAAUAAUGUAAUAUGAUAGCUAACCUUGAUUCAUACAAACAGAACUUUUUAACUGGUUCUUGCUCUGAGGAGAGAGAGAGAGAGAAUUGCUUUUUUUUAGGGGAAGACAGAGAAUAGUGUGAGGGAGAGCGAGGUUGGCGGGACACAGGCAAAGGAGACGAGAGUUUGUAUUAAAACUGGAGACAAACCAUACUUGUUUGGAGCUUCAACUGGAAACAUAUGUAUCUAACCGCCACGUAGGCGAUCAGGGUAGUGAUAGAUUAACCGUGGCUCAAAGCAAAGAGAGAAUUCGCAGAAGGCUAGGUGAUUGCCACGUUGCUAAACAGGAAGAACUAUUGAAGUACUUCAGCAAUAGGCUAAAACCGCUAAAAUAGCUUAUGUAAUAAACAUUUUAAAUGCAAAUUUUGGAUUCAUUUCUUUAUCAAUAAAAUUUGGGUUAUUUUAUUUUACUCAAAAAAGUAUUAUAUUUUUUCCUUACUUUAUCUUUUUUUUUUCUCUAAAGAAAGGGGUCAGUUUUACUUGCAUCAUUAAUCAAUAAUAAUAAAAGGUUGGAGAAAUGGGUGUAAAAAACCAAGCCGACCCGACCCGUUACAGAACCCUAUCUCAAGUGUCUCCCCAUCAAUUCUCGAAAACGGAUAAGGCACAUUGUCUACCAACUGAGGCUCCACAGUAGCGCCAUGGCCUCCCAAGUUCUUCCUCAGGCACUGCAUAUGAUCCCAAGAAACCAAGUACAGUCAUUUAAUCCAGUAAAGAAUCUUGGGUUCUCAGCAUUUCUGUCUCGUGGUCCUUCUCCGUUAACGGCUUCCAAGGUUUCAGUUUCUGGAUUUCAUUUGAAGACCCCUGUUGGGUCGAAUUUCAGAUGUUUUGCUAGAAGGGAAAUUGUUGUGAGAGCUGAGUCUAAUCCUGAAGGUGAAGCUGAAGUUGAAGCAAAUGAAAUUGAUGUUGAAGAAACCGAAACGAAAGCAGAAGCUGAAGAAGAAGUUGAAGCAGGAGAGGAAGGAGAAGAUGAGGUUGAAGAGAAACCCAAGGAGCCAAGAAAACCCCGGGUUAAGCUUGGCGAUAUUAUGGGGAUAUUGAAUAAAAGAGCAAUUGAAGCAUCAGAGAAGGAAAGGCCAAUUCCAGAUCUUAGGACUGGUGAUAUUGUAGAGAUUAAAUUGCAAGUUCCUGUAAACAGACGUAGGCUGGCUGUGUACAAAGGUAUAGUCAUAUCAAAGCAAAAUGCUGGUAUCCACACCACCAUUCGAAUUCGGAGAAUUAUUGCUGGCAUUGGAGUUGAGAUUGUAUUCCCUAUUUACUCGCCGAGCAUUAAGGAAAUUAAAGUAGUCAAACACAGGAAAGUCAGGAGGGCGAGGCUGUAUUAUCUAAGAGAAAAGCUUCCCAGGCUGUCAACUUUCAAAUGAAAGACAGUAAUGCCUUCACUCUGGUUUUUCUCCCCCAAAUUCCUAUCAGUUCCUCAAUUGCAUAGAUAUUGUAAGAUCUCCAAUUCUAUGAAUCCAUCCCCUUUCCUUUUGGUGUAAAAUUUAUUGUCAGCAUUGAUUUGAUUUUGGGAAAGACUAAAUUCAAUCCUCAGUAAUCUACUUGAUCAUUUCAAUCUGUUAUUUGUUAAUGCAAUUUUCUAGCUUUCAAACAAUGCUUCUUUAUUUAUCAGAGGAAACCAGAAUAAUCUUAAUUGCAACAUGUAAACUCCUCUCCCACUUUAUGUAUCAGCCUUUUUCUUUUGCUGAUAAAGUUUCUUUGCGAUGAAGCUUUGCCAUUUCCCGUUUUUGAAGUGCCUUAUGGCCAAAGUUAGUUUGAGAAUAAUCAAUAUAAGGGAAUUUG